AUGGCCGCUGAACCAAUGGAAGUCUGCGAACCCAUGAACAAGGAGGAAGCAAAGGCAAAAACGGAAACCAAAGAUGGUGCUAAAAUAGUGGACAUUGACGUCGUAACUAUUGAUGAUAUCAAAGAACAAUGUCGUUUCAUCGAAAGGGGAGAACUGGCCAAGGAGUCUCGCUAUUUGGCUCGCGUUCUGCGAUCGAUCGUCACCACUCGUAAGAACAUCAACGAAAACGUGCUGACCAAACUGAUCACUUUCUACUUUGCUGGUUCUGCUAUGGCCAAACAGAGAGAAGAACUUUUGUCGUAUGUCAGGAGUCCGUCCGCUGCACUGAAAACCGACAGUGACAAGAUGGACACAUCACCGGUAGCAUCCAGACCGCGGUCGCCAAGGCAACCAAGAAAAUUUCUACAAUCUGUGAUGCAGCAAACGCUGCCUGAGAUCGAAGCAUACAUAACGUUGCUGGUGGUGAUUUUUCUGAUGGAUCGAAAGCGAUUAACAGAGGCUGAAAAAUGUGCGAAUGAGCUGGUGAAGCGCGUAGAAAUGCAGAAUCGUCGUUCUCUAGAUCCAUUGUCAGCGAAGGCCCAUUAUUUUUAUUCGCUCAUCAAUGAAAAGCUUGGCAACCUGCCUUUUAUCGUAGAGAACUUGCAUUGUCGCCUUCGAACAGCCACUUUGCACCACGACGACGAUUCCCAGGCGACAUUGAUCAAUUGCCUGCUUCGUUGCUACCUCGAUCAGCAGCUUUAUGAGUUUGCUCAAAAGCUGAUCACCAAAGUUACAUUUCCUGACAAUGCGACGAACAACGAAUGGGCGAGAUAUCAUUAUUAUCUGGGUAGAGUAAAAGCUAUGCAGUUGGAGUACAUCGACGCCCAAAAAAACCUGCAGCAGGCAUUAAGGAAGGCACCGCAGCACGCGGCGCUCAGCUUUCGUCAAAACGUGCAAAAGUUCCUCGUCACUGUUGAUCUGUUACUUGGGGAGAUUCCAGAGCGGUCGCUUUUCAGACAAGCAAUCUACCGAAAGUCAUUGCAGCCAUACUGUCAGCUUACCCAAGCCGUUCGCAUCGGAAGCGUGGAGAAGUUCAAUGAAGUACUGGAAAACAACGCCGCCAGGUUCCGAAAGGAAGGUACCUCAACGUUGAUCCUGCGUUUGCGACAAAACGUUUUGAAAAAUGCUACUCGAAAAAUUGCCCUAGCAUACAGUCGGAUUUCUCUCGCUGACGUACAGAACAAGCUGCAAGUAUCGAGCGUUGACGAUGCCGAAUACGUCAUAUCCAAGGCAAUAAAAGACAACGUAAUCGAGGCAAGCAUUAAUCACGAAGAAAGCUAUAUGCAGUCAAAAGAGAUCGCCGAUAUUUACUCGACGGUUGAGCCUCAGCUUCAAUACCACAAUCGUAUCUUGUUCUGUCUGGAAAUCUACAAUCAGGCUGUGAAAGCCAUGCGAUUUCCGCCCAAAUCGUACGCGAAAGACAUCGAAUCCGCUGAGGUACGCAAUGCAUUGCAAUGUCCGUUCCCUGCUUUAAGACUGAAGACAUUAUGCACAAUUUCGUGCCAUUUCUGA